CUUCUUACGGUAACCAGAUUAAACCAGAGAGUGUUGAAAGGGCCACAGAAAUCCUUUUUCGAACAAUUUUCAAUCUAAUAUUUACAAGGAUUUUUAUUUUUUGUUGAGAGAAAUGAAGGAUCGGUGCUGGAUUUGCAAGAAAUGGGAAGAGCAUUUUUACUGGGAUCAUUUUGAAGAAUCAAACUUUCACUUUAUGAAGGUCAUGAAUGGAGAUUUUACUCAGAAAAUGGAGUUACCGCCAAAAUUUGCCAAGAACUUUAGAGUAGAACUGAUUGAUGUGGUUGAGUUGGAAGCACCCAGUGGAAAAUUAUGGGAGAUUGGCUUGUGUAAGGAACAAGAUCACUUAUACUUUAAUGGCGGUUGGGAGAAAUUCAUAGAAGAAAAUGAGGUAGAGGAAUACUAUAUUCUGAUUUUCGAGUAUGCUGGUGAUUCAAAGUUUCAGGUUCGAAUUUAUGAUAGAACUGGCUGUGUAAGAGCUGCUUCUAAUCUGAUUGACAACACCCGGGCCAAACAGAAGAAUGUGGAUCAAACUUUGCAAAAUUUUCAUAACUCACAUUCCUCAAGAACUGAUUGUAAUGAUCAUCCAAUGUUACAUGAACAACCAACUGAUAACAGAUCUGAUUUUAGUAAAGUAUUUAUCAAAGAUGAGGAGCAUGGCAUGGGUAAAGAUAAAGACGAUGGAAGGAUUGUAUAUUCCAGAAAUUGCAAAAAGGAAGUUGCAGAGUUGCAGCCUGAAGCAAAAUUAAGUUUGAUGAGUCUCAGAUACAAAGUUAGGAUAUUGGAGCGCAAGUUUGGAAGCAAACAAGGCAAUUGUUCCUUUGUCAAACUUUUUACAUGGAGUAUGGGAGCUAGACCCUUCAUGGCAAUUCCUCUUGCAUUUGUAUCUAAACACCUUCCUCAAAAACCAAAUGGAAUUACUGUCUACAAUCAAAGCAAUAAGAAAUGGUAUGUGAACUGCAGCUGCAGAAGCUCCUCUUGGGGCUUUGCUGGAAAAUCACUGUUUACAUUAUUACAAGAAAAUAAAAUUCAGAAGGGUGAUGCUUGUGUGUUUGAGCUCAAGGAAAAAGGCAAGGUGGUGGAAUUGCAAAUGCGCAUUGUGAGCGCAAAGGAAGUUCUUUCUAUAUUAACAAAAGAAUGUCUUUAGAUGAAGAUGAAGGUUGCUUAUGUAAAUAGGGAUUUUAUGAGGUGUUUUGCAAUUUUGUUGGUUUGAUAUUUUGAUGUUUUUAUAUUAAUUACACCCAAGCUUUUGUUACUUUUCAUAUUAAUGUUUUCAUAUUUUGGUUGUAAUUUAGUAGGAAAAGUUCCUUCACAAUUUCAUUUAUGUUGA